CAGAGGGAUCCUCACACUCCCCACCCCCGGGCUGUCAGUGACAGAGGGACCCUCACACCCCCCCGGGCUGUCAGAGUGUGAGUCCGGAUCGCAGCCGCUUACCCCCGGUCUGUUUGAGUGAGGGACGCCUACUUCAUCCCCCCUCCCCGCUAGAGGAAAGCUGGAGAAGAUUCUAAUCUCAAACACUGUCCCUGGACACCACCCACAACUCGCCGGCCUUGGCUCCUUAGUUGUUUAUUUAGUUUAUUGAACAAUUUCCUUUCUGGGUAGCUUCCGCGCUCAUGAGGCUCAUCCUGCACAGGCUCAUUUUUUUUUAAAGAUGUAAUCCUCAUUAAUGUGGUUGUUUACACUCAAUUUGCCGUGGAAUCUUUUGCUCUGUGAAGAUUUUGUUUUCUUUAAUAAGGCGUAAGAAAGCGACCUUAGAAAAACCCUCGUUGAAAUUUCCACAUUGUUGAUGUGCGACGAUCUUUAGGCGAAAACAACUGAUCUGUCUUGAAUCUUUAGUCUGCCGCACCUCUUUUAGAGUAGCUGUACUGUUGACUUCGGGGACUUUAUUUCCAAAAUUUAAUGGAAAGUGUCCCUGUGUUAUUUACAUAGAAUAGAAAAUUGUUUAGGAAAGUUUUUUUUACCGUUUUUGAAUCGUUGAAAUAAUGGGAGGUUUGAACAGAAAAGACGCUGCGAUUUGGCAGCAAACCAAAGCACUUUUAUACAGAAAUUUUCUCAUAAAAAAGCGGAACAAAGAUCAGACUUUACAGGAAUUGCUUUUACCGCUCUUUUUAGUUUUUGCUUUGGUUUGCUUAAGUGUGCUUGUCCCUCCACAACUGUACUUGAAGACACUCACCAGUGAGCCCGAGGAGCUGGAUAAUUUUGUACAACUUGACUACAGACUUGGUUAUACACCAGUGAACAAUCACACCAAGGAAAUCAUGGCGGAAGUAGGGGCACUGCUUGAAAUGGCACCUUAUGGAUUCAAAGAUGAACAAGCAAUGGAACAAGCUUGCUGUUCACAUACCUCUAGACCAUUGUUGGGAGUUUCGUUCAUCAAUUCUUUCUCUUACCAACUUCGGUAUCCCUAUAAUAAAGUUCCACGUACCAAUGAAAGGAUUGACUUCAUCGAUGAGAAAGCAAGUUGCCGUUUGGAUUCUGCCUCCUUAAGUCAACUGAAGGACUGUCCUGGUGCAUUGUACCUGUUAUCAGGAUUUGCAACAAUACAAAAACAUAUCGAUGUUGCCAUCAUUAAGACACAAACCAAUUAUUCUGUCUGGAAGGAUAUUAUGCCUCUACACAUACGAAUGAUGGGCUUACCAAGUCAUGUUGGUGCAGAUAUCUUUUCACAUUUUGUCACUUCUCUCUAUUUUGUUAUUGCUUUCGUGCCUUUUGUCAAUUUUCUGCUAAUCAACCUUGUAACAGAAAAAAAGGAAGUGAAAGAUGUGAUGAAGGUGAUGGGACUUUAUGACUCUGCUUUCUGGCUUUCGUGGGGUUUGCUCUACAUGGUUUUAAUUUUCAUUCUGUCCUUGCUGAUGGCCGUCAUUGCCACUCAGACAUCUCUGUUUCCAAGAAGCAGCAUAUUGAUUGUCUUUCCAUUGCUAUUCUUGUUUGGGAUUUCCAUAAUUCCCUUUUCAUUUUUGUUGACUCCGCUUUUUAAGAAUCAGAAGAUUGCUGGUUUGGUUGGAUCCUUAAUGCUCAUGGGCUUUGGAUUGUUUAGCCUUCCUACAAUCCUGGUCAGAGACUUUCCAGUGUCUGCUGUGUGGGGACUAUGUGUAUUUUCCCCUAGUGCCUUAGCCAUUGGAAUUGCACAGGUUGUGCUUCUUGAAGCUAUUGGUGAUGGUGCUCAGCCCUCAAAUCUGUCAGCAAGCCCAUUCCCUUUAUACAUACCUCUUUUCAUGUUAGUCCUCGACAGUUUCCUAUAUCUGCUUAUUGCUGUAUACCUUGACCAAGUUCUCCCAGGUGAAUUUGGGCAACGUCAACCUUUUUUCUACUUCCUUAAACCCUCGUACUGGUUCCAUAAACAAAAACAUUAUGUUAACAUUGAUUCAAUUAGUGAAAAUGAGUUUGGCCUUGGACCUGUGUUUAAUGAGGUGGUGGAAGCAGUGCCUGCAGAACUUAAAGGAAAAGAAGCAAUCAGGUUAAAAGGUGUUCACAAGUUAUAUAAAGGAAAAGAGAAAAAAGUGGAAGCACUGAAAGGUUUGUCAUUUGAUAUUUAUCAAGAUCAGAUCACAGCACUACUGGGUCACAGCGGAACUGGGAAAACAACAUUAAUUAGCAUUCUUUCUGGACUGUGUCCUCUGUCAGAUGGUUGUGCAACAGUUUAUGGAUACAGAGUUUCUGAAUUGGAUGAAAUAAUUCAGAUCAGAAAGAUGAUGGGGGUUUGUCCACAGUUUGAUGUCCUAUUUUACAGUCUUACAGUAAAGGAACAUUUAAAAAUUCUUGCUAUGAUAAAAGGAAUUACAGCACAGGAAAUUGAUAAAGAGGUGCUGAAUGUCAUAAAAGAACUGGAUAUGGAAACAAUUAUGGAUGUCCGUGCAGAAAAACUCAGUGGUGGACAAAAAAGGAAACUUUCAAUGGGGAUGGCAAUUUUGGGAGAUCCUAAGGUUUUACUACUUGAUGAACCAACUGCUGGGAUGGAUCCUUGUUCACGACAGCAGGUGUGGGCAUUGCUGAAAAAGCGCAAAAUAGGAAGGGUCAUACUGUUGACUACUCACUUCAUAGAUGAAGCUGAUAUUCUGGCAGAUCGUAAAGCUGUCAUCUCACAAGGGCAGCUCAAAUGUGUUGGCUCCUCGCUGUUCCUGAAAUCAAAAUUUGGUGUGGGCUAUAACCUCAGAAUGUCUGUGAAUGAGUCUUGCUACCCUGAUAAAGUGACAUCAUUGGUCAAAUAUCAUAUACCAAAUGCUGAAUUUUCACAAUUGCAUGAGCUGGAUCUGGCAUAUACUUUACCUCUUCAGGAUGUUAACAAAUUUGCAGGUCUAUUUGAAGAUUUGGACAGCCGUCCCAAUCUUGGAAUUGACAGCUAUGGUGUUUCCAUGACAUCCUUGGAUGAGGUUUUCUUAAAAUUGGAGGAAGAAUCAGAAAUAGAUCAAGCAGAUUAUAGCGUUUUUACCAAGGAUCCAGCACCGGAUGUAAUAGCAAAUGAAGAAGACAUUUGCAUUGACUGCAUUGAUCACCAGCUACUGACUUUCCCAGAAACUAACUCGGCAAUGUUGACUGGCAUUGCUCUGUGGCAACACCAAUUUCGCACCAUAGCAUGGUUGCGUUUGAUGAAUUUCAGUCGAGAACGCAGUGCACUCCUUUAUAUCAUUUACAUAAUCGGCCUUUUGAUAUCCAUUGUGGUUAUGAUGGCUUUAUUAAAUGGUACUCUUAGUCGAAAGGAUGUUUCAGUGGAACUAUCCCCUGAGUUAAUUCUACUCCAUCAAGGACAAAACCCCCAAAAAUAUACCACUAGUCUUCUUCUGAAAAAUUCUACAGGCAGUAAUAUUGAUAAACUUGUCCACGCUUUUGAAGCACAGAGCGUGAAAGUGGAGAUGUUCAAUGAUAGUGAAUUCACGGAUGUUGCUCCACACAAUGCAGCACUAAAUGUGUCACUUUCAGAAGAGAAACAGUACAUGUUCACAGCAGUGUUCAACAGCACAGUGAUUCACUCACUGCCGGUGUUAAUCAACAUGAUCAGUAAUGCCCUCCUCAUUAGCGUAAAUGGUUCCGGUGGAAUUCACACGUGGAGCAAACCAUUCCACUUAACAAUCACAGAUGCUGACUUUAAGGAAAAGGUUUAUAUGGCUUUGGCAGUUUUGGGGUUGUUAUCAGCUGCCUUGCCAGGAUGCUACACCAUGGAUAAUUCACGAGAUCGUGAGAUUAAAUCUCGCUCUCAACUUCGGCUUUCUGGCCUCUUUCCUUCUGCAUACUGGUGUGGUUAUGCUUUGGUGGAUAUCCCAGUUUAUUUUGGCAUAGUUGUAGUCAUGCUUGGCUGUGUGAUUGCAUUUAAUUCCACAUCUUUGCUUCAUACUGGUGCUGUAAUUUCAAUGAUGCUGUGUCUUAUUGGCUGGGCCCCAGCAAUGACACUGUUCUCCUAUGCCUAUUCCUUCAGAUUUGAUCGAAUGCAGACUUCUCGGGACUUUUUUCUGAUCUCUUCAGUUAUUAUCAAUAUAAUUUCAAUCAGUCUCAUAUUUUUGGUCCGGUUAAUACUAAAGGAAACAGCUGCCAAUAUGCUGCAUGGCGCUUUGUCACUUUUUAUUCCACCAUAUGUGAUUACAGGAUGCUUGUAUUACACAGCCAAGGUUUUUCUGGAUCACAAGGAUGAACCCAGUCUAACAGUGGGGACAUAUCUGGAAUGGAAACAGAACAUCCUUAUAACUAUAAUCUCACCCUACAUUCAAUGCAUAAUUUUGCUGUUUGUACUACGCCAACUAGAAAAGAUUCAUGGAGGAAAAGCAAUUCAAGCGGAUAAAUGUUGCAGAAUCUUUCCCUCAAAGAGCAAAUUCAAAAUAAAUACAGAAGAACCUGAUAAUGAGGAUGAUGAUGUCAAAGAAGAAAGGGCAAGGGUUCGGGAAGCAUUGACAUGUCAGAGCUGCGAGGAGAAACCGGUGAUUGUGGUCAGUAACUUGCGUAAAGUUUACACUGGGAAACCGCAGGUCUGCAAGUGUUUUUCAAAGCAAAAAAAUAAAAAUGUAGUGGCAACUAAAAAUGUCUCCUUUUGUGUAAGAAAAGGUGAAGUUCUGGGAUUAUUGGGCCCAAAUGGUGCUGGAAAAAGCACUACUAUUUCUGUGCUCACAGGCGACUUGGAACCAUCAGCUGGCCAGGUAUUGAUGGGGGAUUACUCAACUGAAUAUUUGCAAAGAGAAAGCUCUGUAGAAAGUAUAGGUUAUUGUGCACAGGUGAACCCACUCUGGCCUAAGCUUACUGUGCAGGAACAUCUGGAGAUAUAUGCUGCCAUCAAGGGACUCAGUAGAGAAGAUGCAGCAAAUGCUAUUAAACGCAUUGUAAAAGCUCUUGAACUGAAGGAAUAUCUCCAGAAAUCAACAAAGAAAGUCUCCAGUGGGAUAAAGAGGAAACUUUGCUUUGCACUAUGCAUGUUGGGGAAUCCUCAGAUUGUAUUACUGGAUGAGCCAUCAACGGGCAUGGAUCCUAAAUCCAAACAGUUUAUGUGGAGAGCAAUUCGGGCUGCAUUCAAGGAUAGACAACGUGGUGCCAUCCUGACAACACAUUAUAUGGAGGAAGCUGAAGCACUUUGUGAUCGUGUUGCUAUCAUGGUGUCAGGACAGUUAAGGUGUAUUGGCUCCAUACAGCACCUAAAGAGCAAGUAUGGUGGAGGAUAUACGCUGGAGAUUAAACUGAAGGGUGAGAUGACAGAAGCACAACAAAUAUCUAUCAUUCAUGAUAAAAUAAUGCAAAUAUUUCCACAAGCUUCUCGCCAGGAAAGUUUUGUUGCAAUGUUGACAUACAAAAUUCCCAAGAAUGAUGUUGAGUCUUUGUCAAAGGCAUUUUCCAAGCUUGAAGAAGCCAAACACAGUUUUGAUAUAGAAGAAUAUAGUUUCUCGCAGUCCACACUGGAACAGGUUUUCAUGCAGUUUGCUAAAGAACAAGAAAAUAAUGAAGAGGAUUAUAAAACCUUGGAUACAAGCUUUCGAUGGCAGCAGCUUCAACAAAAUGAAUGUUAAAGAUGUUCACAGUUGUUCUACUGCCUUAUAACAGGAAAACCUCAAUAUAUUAUUCAGUUGAUCUUUAUUAAAUCAAAUUUCUUGAUUGAUUGCUGAAGCACUGCCUAUAACAUUUUGAUUGGAUACUGCACCAAUUGAGGAAUAUAGUGAGAACAGCCUAAUUAGCUGUGCCUGAACUGUUAUUUAUCAAGACUCUCAGUGGCAUAAACAAGAUGAAAAGGAAGUGCAAAGGAGAGUUAUGUACCUGCAUUUACAACUGUUUUUACCUGACAACAAUGCUGGAAGUUACUGAAAAUGUUGUUUCUGUUUACUUUCAUUUAAAUUGGAGUUAGGAUAUUAAUACACAUGUAUUAAUACAUAUUCAUGUAACCAUCUCCUUAAUUUGGUAUAACAAUGCCUUUAAUGUACAAAUUCCUUCUAUUUAUACAUUAACUGUACCAGUGACUUUCAACAGGGUGUAUGUAUCGUACAUGGCAUUCUCACCUUUUCACUAUUGACACUGACAACUAAAACCAUGUUUUAAAACCAGAUCUGACAAUGUAAAGGCAUUUGUCUUUCUGAUUUGCUGAAGCUUCAGUUCAUGCAUUUCUAACAUAUAGACAUCAAGAAAAAAGUGAACAUUUUAAGGCCGUAACAUUUUACUGGAUAACAAGUAGAUUUGUUUCCAAAGUGGUGGAGUUGGUUAAAAAAUUAUUUAUUUAUUACAUUGUGAUAUUACUUUUGUAAUACUUUUGCAUCUUUAAAAUUCUUGGCUUGAACACAAUAUUUUCAUGGUUUAAAAAGGAAUGGAUGUUGACCUAUAUUAAUCAUAAAUCCAGGACUUAACAGUCAUAUUUGUAACAAUUACUACCAUCCUUUAGAUCUCCUUUUAAAAUGAAUCCACAAUGGAUUUCAUCUCAGCCUUCAACAUUUACAAAUUAUUUGAAAUAUAAUGUUUCAUUUUUUAAAUCUUAUAACCAGAAUAUUAUAUGUAAUUCAUCCCAAAGGUACAAGAAAAAUGAGCAUUCUGUGGUAUUUAUUGCCUUUAUGGCUUCUUAAUCAUAUUAAGCCAUUCAUCAGAACCUGCUCUACAUUAUACUGCACGCUUGCUGGAAGAAUGUUAAAUAUAGUAUGUGCUAUAACAUGUCAUUGACUGUGGACUGUUUUUAAAGAAAAAACAUCAGACCAAUCACUCUGUCCCAUCAUUCUUUUUUGAAAGAACCAGAAGUAGCUACCACGAUACAGACAGCAAGACACUAAAUUAGUCAUUUGCCAGUCUUGCAAACUAGCUACAUUUUUGUCAGCUUCAAGCAAAUUGCUUUCCAAAAGCUGUAGCACAACAUAAAUUAUCGGCAACAUUUUCAAAGUGGGGAUCUCACUAGAACAGAAAUUAUCAGGAAGUAACUUUUCUUAGCAUCAGCAAUCACAUCUGAGUGGUACUUUGUUGUAUUUCAUUAAUAAAGACCAACUGGUAUAUUACCACUAAAUAAGAUUUUAUAAUCACUUUGCACUGUGCAACUUGUACACCUUUUGUUUGUUUUGGGUGUUUUAUGCCUUUUAGUUUGGAAUGCUAAUGUUUGAGUGUUACUUAGUGUAAACGAGCAGUGUAUUGUGUAACUUUGUUUUUAAUUUUAUAAUUCAAUGUGCAACUAUUGCUUUCUUGCCUUUUUAGAUGUCAAUUAAAAAUAUGCAAAAUAUGAAAAA